AUGUCGAACCAAACCCCUGAAUCUUGGGAGGAUGAACUCUCCCGGCAGGCUGAGGGCGUUAACUUGAACGCACAAUCUCGCCCUCAGGCCCAGGCACCUUCUUUCACACCUGGAGCUGCCUCUUUCACACCUGGAGCCUCUUCCUUUGUCCCCGGACAGCAGUACCAGCAAUACUAUCCCCAGCAGGGCUACCCUCAGUACGGUCAGCAGCAGGCUUAUGGCGCUUACCAGCAGCAGCAGCAGGCCUAUGGCCAGUACAACGCCUACGGUCAGCAGCCCGGUGGCUUCAACCAGUACAACGGACAGCAGCAGCAAUAUGGUGGCUACAACCAGCAGCCUCGCCAAAACGUGCCUGUAGCUGCACAGCAACCCCAGGCUGCAGCAUCGGCUCAGUCCGUUCCUAAGCCCGCAUCGAACGCUGCCCCUCUUAAGACUAAGGUCCUGUCUAUUGGCGCUACCUCAUCCAGUGCCGCACCUAAGACCAAGGUUCUUUCGAUCGGCACCCCUACCCCCGCUGCCAAGCCCGCUGAUACCACUCCUAAGGAGCCCAAUGGUGACACAAAGGGCGCUGCGGCUGCCGAGGCGGGCACCAAGGUUGCUGCCACCAAGGCCCUUGACAAGACCGAGAAGGCCGUGGCCACCGGAAAGGCUUCUGCCGCACCAUCCUCUGGUCGCUCUAGCCCCGGACGUUCCAGCCCGGCUCGCGGUGAGCCAGCUAAGCAGGCCCGUGAGGCCAAUGCUGUCGCAAAGUCACAGAUGGCCGAUGUGGAUGAGGCGACCCUGAAGGAAAUUUACGGUGAGCGGAGAGAACAUGUCAACGUCGUCUUCAUCGGCCACGUCGAUGCUGGCAAGUCCACCCUCGGUGGUUCCCUGCUGCAUGCCACCGGCAUGGUCGAUGAGCGUACAUUGGACAAGUACAAGAAGGAGGCCAAGGAGGCUGGUCGAGAGACCUGGUACCUCUCGUGGGCUCUUGAUUUGACUCAGGAGGAACGUUCUAAGGGCAAGACAGUCGAGGUUGGUCGUGCCUUCUUCAAGGUCAACAUCCCCCACCCCGAGGGCGAUAUCGAGCGUCAAUUCUCCAUCUUGGAUGCCCCUGGUCACAAGUCCUAUGUUCCUCACAUGAUUGGCGGUGCUUCCCAAGCCGAUCUCGGUUGUCUGGUCAUCUCUGCCCGUAAGGGUGAAUACGAGACUGGAUUCGAGAAGGGUGGCCAGACUCGUGAGCACGCACUCCUUGCGCGCAACACAGGUAUCACCAAGCUUGUGCUUGUUGUGAACAAGAUGGAUGACCCCACUGUCGAAUGGAGCAAACAACGGUUCGAUGAAUGUACCGUCAAGGUCAUCAAGUUCCUGGAGGCCCUCGGCUACAAGAAGUCAGACAUCUUCUGCAUGCCUAUCUCUGCUCAGCGCACUCUCGGUAUCAAAGAUCGGAUCCCCAAGGAUGUGUGCAGCUGGUACGACGGUCCGUCUCUCCUCGAAUUUUUGACAGACUUCAAGCUCCCGGAGCGUAAGAUCAAUGCGCCAUUCAUGAUGCCCAUCAGCGCCAAAUACCGUGACAUGGGUACCAUGGCAGAGGGUCGCAUCGAGUCUGGUAUUAUCAAGAAGAACGGUACAUAUCUCAUGAUGCCUAACCGCGAGGAGGUUCACAUCUCCGCCUUGUACGGUGAAACCGAAGAAGAGAUCGCGACCGCCAAGGUUGGUGACCAGGUCCGCUUGCGUCUCCGUGGUAUCGAAGAGGAAGACUUCUUCCCUGGUUUCGUGCUCUGCUCACCCAAGCGCCCCGUUCACUGUGUGUCUGCCUUCGAGGCCAAGAUUCGUAUCUUGGAUCUGAAGAGCAUUCUUACCGCCGGUUUCAACUGUGUCCUCCACGUUCACUCCGCUGUUGAGGAGGUUACUUUCGCCGCCCUCCUUCACAAGCUCGAACCCGGCACCGGCCGCAAGAGCAAGCGUCCUCCCCAGUUCGCCAGCAAGGGCCAAACCAUCAUUGCCCGUCUCGAGGUUACCAGCACAGCUGGUGCCGUUUGUGUUGAAGAAUUUGCGGAGUAUGCUCAGCUUGGACGUUUCACCCUGCGUGAUCAGGGUCAAACCAUUGCUAUCGGUAUGAUUACCAAGCUUAUCACUUCCGAGACUGAGGCCCAGUAA